CGUUUAAUGAAAAUUUUUUCUACACGAGGCACACUGCACUAACACAAUUGUAAGAUUGUACAAAAUAACAUUAUGAUAAAUCACUAAAAAUAAAUUAAUUUGAAAAAAAAAAGAAACAAACAAACCAAACAAGAUGAUAACGAGAAAACGUGUCAAAACAUUCAACAAAAUUCUAACUUGCCUUUUGUGCAAAGGAUACCUGAUAGAGGCUACGACAAUUAACACAUGCAUGCAUUCAUUUUGUCGCUCGUGCAUUGUAAAGCAUGUAAAAGUAUUUGAAAAAUAUUUUUGUCCCAAUUGUGAAACUGAUAUAAGGCUUUCCAACUUGAGGCCAGAUAUGAGGCUCAGAUCCUUAGUUUAUAAAAUUAUUCCUGGGCUAUUCGCCAAAGAACAACAAGAAUCUAUUAAAAGAAAUGAAAAACAAAGAAAUCUUGUAAACGGAUCAACAUUUACAAGCAAGUUGGAUAAGCAACUGUUAUGUAGUGAAGAUGAUUCUUUAUCUAAACAAUAUUUCUACGAUCAGAAUGAGCCAAUUAGUCUAUCCUUGGAAUAUCACAUGGAAUCCAUAUUUGGUAAUACUAUCGGCAUCAACAACAUUCCUCAAGUACGAUACUUGCAAGCACCAGCAGCGUUCAAAGUGGUUCACUUGAAAAAGUUCCUUUCAUCCAAAUAUGAUCUUAAUAAUCUUAAAAAAUCGAUGAACAUUGAUAUUAUCUAUGAGAGUGAUGUGCAGCCUGAUGAAUUUUCAUUAAUGGACAUCGCCUACGCUUAUAAUUGGGAGCGAGAAUAA